AUGACUAAUUAUGACUAUUUUAGGAGGGGUAAUUAUUUUUUCGAUCUCUGGCUGGAGGGGGAUUUAAUCGAAUUAUUGGAAAAUAGUUACUUGGAUAAUUCAACAGAUAAAAAGUUGGUGAAUGAGAAAGGAGGAAUUUGUGUUGAAAUUGAUAAUAUUAAUUCUUUAUUCGAUAUUUAUCGUCAAAAAGGGGAAAAUGAUGAAAAGAAAGCAAAGGAAGAUGAAUCAAAUUCUGAAAUUAGUGAAUUUGAUAUUCUCGAUAAUGAAAAUGGAAAAAAGAAGAAGAUAAUUAAUGAUGAAAUUUAUAUAGAAGAAGAAGAAGAAAAGGAGUAA